GUCACAAAAGAAAACCAUGUCAAAAAGAAAGACGAAUAGUGGCGGACCAAAAAAACGCACUGGAGAGAAGAAUGGUCCUACACCAACUCAAAUGCAGAGUAACCGAUUUUCAUCUUCUGCUGGAAGUAUUGGAGCACAAUACAAUGUGCCAGGACCAAGCCGUGGUCCACAUUACUUCCAACAGCCGAUUAAUAUGGUUUAUCCGCCUCCAAGAUACGGUGCAGGAUAUUUUUCACAUAUGAAUUCUGCUAACCAGUAUUUUUCCGGUCAAGAGCAUGUUACACCAGGCUUCUACCCGCAAUGGGGAAGUGUUCCUGGAUCAGAGAACACCCUUGCAUCUAUUCUGGCAUUGCAGCAGUCUACAAUGCUGUCUACAAUGCAAGAAAAUUUGUUAAGGGGUUCCCUCUUGCAGGCAGCUUCUUCCACAGCGAAUGCAAACGUCGUCAAUGCGGGUGAAAGCUCGAUGAACAGCGGUGUUUCACAGAGAACAGAGGCCCCAAAAAAAACUGAAGUGAACGUUAAAAAAUUUCAAAAAGAAAUGCAUAAAAUGCUGGACAAAAUGAUGGUAAAGCACGGUGUCAUAAACAAAAAUCCAGGACGCGGUGGUAGAGGAGGUCGCGGUAAUAGAGGAGACCGUGGAGGACGUGGCCGCGGUUUCAAUGGUUGGCGUGGUGGAAGAGGAGGCGGUCAAGGACUUUCUAUUUAA